AGUUUAUCUUGGCGGGCGCCUCGCGACUAGCGAUACGCCUCUACCUACACACGGACGCGGCUGUGUUACGCGGGCCGUAGAGGGGCCGGGCACGGCAGAGGGAACGGAAGAAAGAGGGAAAAAAAAGAAGAAGAGAACGCUUGGUCGUCUGCCGCGAGUACCGUUACGCGACGCGGCACAAUGGACCGAAGGAGCUCGAAGUCUUCUUAAUUUUCUCCUUGGUGCACCCGGCCGACGCGACGGCCGCGUCGCGAGACGAGCCGAGAUCGAGUCGAACGGAAUGAGAGAACGCCGCGGCGAGCCGGCAAAAGUCGACAAAGAGGAAGAGAAAGGGAAAGAGAAGGAGACUCGGAGGGACGGAGAAAGAUUGCGAGAGCGAUUCGGACGGACGGAUAAGAGUGGACGAGAGGGGAAGGGAGAGAGGAGCGACGCCUGUGUCGUCCCGGUCGGCGACGGGCAUCGAGGCGGGCUUUAAUUAGCACGGGAUUUCGGCGAACGACGGACGGAGCCUGGUCGUGGACGAACGAGUCGAGGUUUUCCGUGGUAUAACGCGCGCGCUGCUACAGACAGAGAUCGAACAAGAAAAAGUGACCGCGUGCGACCGAAAGGCACGAUCGUCGGACGAACGCGAGGGACGAAGAGGGACCGUGAAGAGCCACCGCGUGUCCCGAUGAGACGUGGCCAAUAGGAACAGAGACGGAUAACGAACGCGAGGAAAAGAAAGAAGCGGACGGAGAUAGGGACGGCUAGAAAAAAAAAGAAAGGGGGGGGAAAAAGAGAAAAGAGAAAGGAGAAAGAAAGAGGGAGGAAGGUUGAUGGCUAGGGAGAAGGGCGAACGAAGGGUGUGAGAGCUAGAGGUGGCUGUCGGAUAGUAGGGUGAACGGAAGGAGCGAGGAGCGGGGUGCGGCGGUGGUCGAGUCGGGCGUGAGCGAUGAGGGGGCGGCAGAACAGCGGCGCUCGAGGGCGAGUGAAGGGCGGCGUGGCUGAGUUGGGUCGCGAAGGGACGCGCGCGCGGCCGGCUAAAUAACGGCUUGCCCUAUCCUCCUUCUCCACCCACUCGCCUCCCUGCCCUCCCGUAGCCUUCACCCCCUAGCCACGUCCACCCUCUUCUCCCUCUCUCGGACUCCCUCGAUCUACGCUCUACCUCGCACCUCGCUGCUGACGCGAUGCCUUUGCUGAGGGAUGUCGGAUCUACGCUUCGAUCGAUACCGUUCAAACAUCGAUAAUUAAUAUAAACUAUAGGAAAAAGAACAAGUCGAUUAACUAUCAAACGAGAAAACGAGAUCGCGGUUACGAGAGACCUUCGGUUCGCGAAUCCUCUGCUCGCGGAUUCUCUGGCACGGUUCGAUAUACCAGAGGUUAUUUAGACCCUGCUGCGUUUAACGGCGACCGCUUGCGAAGUAAGGUUGCGAACGAGAGAAACUGUCGUGAUCUCAUCGCCCCUUUUUUAACCCAUGCUUUGCCGCUCCCCACGUUUUAGCCUCGCGAUCGAACCGUCGUCCUUUAUCGAAGCCAAACGUUGCGUUUCGUGAACGGCACUAAUAUAAAAGAGAAACGUUGGAAAUCGAAAACGGACCGCUAGGGCAAUUAGUGAUAAGGCAUUGGGGCGCCGUAUCUCCAGAUAGAUUUCUUGUACGAGAAACGCCUCCUAUCUCGUAAGAUAUUUUUUGCGAAAUCGUUUCACCCAAGACCGUUGAGGUACGUCUUCACGCGACGGUAAAUCACAUCCGAGUUUUACCGUCGUCACACGAAACGUGGGCGCUUUCGAAAAUGUUCAUAACGCGAACGUGUAUAUCCGUCGUUCCAGCCGUGUAUCGACUUUGGUCACGACGCGCAUAUACGGCAUACGAGUACCACCGCUUAAGGGGUUAAAAGACUUGAAAAAUUCAUCGCGGUAAGAGAGAAAAAAAAAAUAUAAGAGACGAGCCGCGAGCGAGGAAAGAGUAUAAAUAUAGCGUUACACCGUCGUCGGUUUAUCUGCGUCAACAAGCGCUAACGCCACUGUGUUUUCAGGCUUACGUGCACGAUAUACGCGUUUAUACGUGGGCGCGCAUUUCCCUUCCCUCUUAUCCCUUGGAUCGCGCGUCCAAGUCCCUUCUCCCCUUUCCCAACGUCAGUCGAACGUUUCUCGGUUAUUAAAGCGGAACACGAACGAUACGCGCCACUCGCGGGAAUGAAAACGCGAACGUUCGAUCGUAUCCCGACCGCGAACCCAACACGCUUUUUUUCCACUCCUCUUUUUUUUUUUCUUCUUUUCGUCUUCUUUUUCAACGAUCGAAUCGUAUUCGACCGAACGAACUUUCUCCUCCUCGCGUCGAACGCGUGGAAUCGUGACCUUGCGAGACCUUUCGCCAGUUUGCUUGCGCGCGUUCGACGUCGCGUAGCGGUUGACAUUGAAUCGUGGCGGGAAACGUUUCGAUAUAAUACGGCGCGCACGUGGAGAGGAAACUUGUGUACAAUGAAAUACGCUAGUGGAAACGCCGGUAUAACAAACGAGCCUCCCACCCCCGCCCCGGUUCGAGCGGCGGGCUUCGCUUUGUACAUAACAUUCGUACGUGUCUUCUAACUCGUUGCCUCCUUCCUCUUCCUCUUUCUCUUUUCCCAGUUUACGCGUAUACGAUCGUAUACGAUCGUAUACGAUCUACAGACUAUUCCAAAGUUGAACGAACGAACUUGAUCGGUGGUACGAAUAAGAAAAAUAUCAAACGCUUUUCGUCUAUCUUUCGGUAGCCAUCUAAGCGAUUAGAAUCGUGUCGCGUUGACGAUGAAAAAAGCCCUAUCCGUCUUUAGGUUACACAUUUUCUUCUCGUCUUUACUCAUAGCCCAAGUUCUAAACACCCUGUAUACGUAUAUAGGCAAGUGUAUACAUAACUAGGUAUAACUCGGUCUUGAGUUCUCGAGGUGUUUCUGUUUUACCUACCGCCGACUCGUAAACGCAGUUUAAGCGACUUCCAGGCAGCAGUCAGCGCCGCUCUCGCAUUACGGAAGCGAAGUUUUCAAGUUCCGCGACACUGACCCAGUUUAUUCUCUCUCCCUCCUCCCGGCCUCCCCCCUUCCUCUUUCUCUCUCGCUCACAGUUCUGAACAGCCGUAGCUCUCUCCCUCCUAAUACUUCCAGUCUGCCGGUAGUUACACACAGUUUCCCGCAGGUAGAUACGUCUGAAUGCACGAGGCCUCGAGAACGCUCUCGCUCUCGUCUUCGGUUCGGGAAUUGGAUUUUCUUGGUGCACACCCGUCGACCGAUCCGGCCGAGGCGCUCGAAAGAACCGGAUGCUCCCCGUUCGAUCGGUCGUGUUCGAUCUUUUCUUCGUCGCGCGCGACUCGUUCAGCGGGCUCGGUCGUGGGAAAAGGAAGGAGCGACGGCGAGAAGGACCGGUGUAUACGUAAGCAGGGCGCAUCCGUGCUUCGCCGCGGCUGGCUGGCUGGCUGGCUGGCUCGUUCGCUUGCCCGCCGUUCUGCCGUUCUGCCGUUCUGCCGUUGGCUCGGCUUCGCGUGUACGUGCGAGGAGAAGCGAACCCCGAGGGAUCGGGCAGGCCCAACUACAUACACACCUUCGUACACAGACACAUCCACCGCCCAUCUAUACGCGCUAUGUACACUAUCGCCGUCCCCCAAGCACCUGCGAUCACCAACAUGGGUACAGAAAUUUCAAAAGGGCAAUUGCUUCGAAUGCGCAACAUUUCUUACGAGCCUCCUAUUAGGACGAGGGUACAAUGCGUUUGUGGUUAGCGGUUACGCAUCCAGGGAGCAAACCCUCUGCGAUCUUACCAGAACCACUAGCCCCUAUUUGCCGCAACCAGAGAAGCAUGCCCCUGCACAACUGCAGACCGAACAACUUUGUAGAUACGAACUUAAAUUACCUACGGCAUAUGACAGUGAAUUUUUAUUAAAACUUGAACAAGAAGAAGAGCAGAAGUUGCAAGAGAAAUUGAGGCUAGAAGAAGAAGAGCAACGGAGAUUGAUUGAAGAUUUAGAACAGCCUUCGAUCGAUGAAUAUUAUGGACACAGAAUACAUGCUUGGGUAGUAAUCUUGCCAGAAUCAGGAGGACUAUGGGAUCACGAGAUUUCCUCACCACUUUUCAUAGAACCAACAACUGGUGUAUACUAUGAAGCAACAGAUGGUAAUACUGCCCAAUUUUAUUUAGGCAUAGAAAGUAUAUGGAAUGACCAGAAUUAUUGGGUAAACAUGCAACCUUCAAAAUCCUGUAUAUACAUAAAAUGGGAUUUAACAAAAGUUGAACUAUGGGAACAUUUGCUUCCUGGAGAACCAUGGGCAAUGCGUGGAAUGGGAGAGGAGAUUGAUCUUGAUUCUAUAGUAUCUCAAGAGAAACACUUAGACAUGCCACCCUCGUAUGUUAACGAAAUAAGUAUUAGCGAACAAAAUUAUGAAAAACGAUAUCCAAAUGGUAUGAAAAAAAUAUCUUAUAAAAAAAUGAAAGUUGAAUUGUACGCACCGUAUGUUCAAAUUGAUGGACUGAUACAAAGGAUUACCGUAUACGAUGAUUACGAGUACAUCACUCCUGCUGAAGUGUACGAGUACUAUGCGAACAGGUCGGACAGUCUUUUGGAAUGUCAAAAGAAUUUAACCAACGAUUCUGUUGUUGAUUAUUAUGGAAGAGGACGAAUAGAUCAAUGCAAAGAACACCGCUACUUCGGUGAUGGUUCCAAUACAGUGGAUACCGAGCGGAUCAUAGAUUUCUAUCAUAUCGCACGGUACGACGGGCUGUCGCGAAUCGAAAUGCAUCCAGAUUAUUUUACACAAUACUUCAUCGAUCGUGAUGAUCUUCUGCAUUAUCGGCACGUUGAAUUUUCUCGGGAAAGAAAGACAUCUUUGUCAGACGAUAUACAUUAUCGACAGAUUUCGAAAAUUAUCGAAAAAUUUAACAGAAAUGAAAAAGUCGAAGCAAAUAAAGAUGUAGCGAUUCGUGAGUUCGCGAUUGGUGACAAUGAAAUACGACUUUCUUAUCAUUAUAAUCCAGGACAGUAUUCCAGAGCUACCCGAAUGUUCGUUAAACCACCACUACCAGAAAGAGGAGAACGACUCGUUCUCAAUCCUAUGAUGACUCAAGGAUACACUCCCAUGGAUGAACAUGUUAGAGCUCUUGAUGUAUUUUAUGAACUAGAGAAGCAGUUGAAGGAAGAGGAUCAGACCGUGUCGUAUGUUAGAAGUACCGAAAUCGAAAUAUCCUUUUUUCUAAGAACUAAAAACAAUGAGUACUUGACUCCGGUGCUAUUAAUAUCUGCUUAUGAUAAAUAUAGAGAAGAGGAAUCAGCAACUGAUCUACCCACGAGCGAAUGGACACGCGUACAAAGUCAAACAGAUCUAGAAGAUAUGAAUUAUUUGAAACCAUACUUGGCCCGUAUAGGGAAUCCAGUCGAGAUAUCCACGCUUCAUGCCUAUUCAAUAAAAUACGAAUGUCUCAACGAUUACAAGCAGCUACUCGUAAAUAGAGCGAACAGGAUUUUAAGUAAAUUUGAAGAGUACACGCAAGAGCUUGAGAAAUUACAAACAUCAUUAGUGCAGAGUGAGUUGAGUCGCGAAGAAGAAGAAAAAAUAUUAGAAAGGAUGGAUGAGAUCAAUUUCAUUUUGCAGACUUUAGAAACUAGAUUAAAUCGUCACAAAGAUUUAGUUCCAAAACGCUAUAAAAUGUUAAUGGAUCAUCUACAACAAAAUCCAUAUCUUACUAUACUUGAACUUGAUUUGUAA